AUGGCGUCUAUUACCGCACCGCCGCCGGGCAAACAUGAAUGGCUUGUAGUUGUACCCGACAAGCCGGGAACCCGGGAGAAGAGGCUGGAAGUGCGCGCCCAGCAUUUCGAGGGCUUGAAGCCGUACGUCGAGUCUAAACAAUUCAAGACUGGAGGCGCUGUCUUAAACGACAAGCCCGAAAGCGAUGACCCCGCUACGUUCGACUGGUACGGCAGCACGUUAGUGGUUGUUGCCGAGUCUAAGGAAGAAGUUAAGGCUAUCCUUGAGAAAGACAUAUAUACCAGGACGGGAGUAUGGGAUACUGAGAAGGUAUAUCAAUUCUUGCAAACAUAG